AUGAAGGAUGACAGCUCCUCCUCCGAUCAUCUGGACUUCUGCGAACGAGCAAAGUUCGUCCCCAUGAGGCUUACGUACGAUGAGCGAAAAUACUUGCGGCUCAUCGAUGCGACCAUGCACGUGUCUCAUUACACGGACCACAUGGACACAGCAGCUAGCGUGAACGCCAACAAUGCGAGAAAGCUGGCGUCCGACGGUGCCAGCUCCGGAUCAGAGGAUGCUGUGGAGUGCGAGGAGGACAUUUACCUGGACAAUGAGUCCGAGAUGCCAAGCAAAGCCGCGACAUCCUCACACGGGUUGCGCCGAAGAACGGCUGCGCCUGCUAAGCCUGCGAUGGAAGCGCGGGACCAGACCUCCGACGGCGAGGAGGAGGACGACGAGAUUGAGGACGAGGAGACGCGAAAGCGGCGGCUCCAGGCUGGCCGCACCGACAUUCUGGGUAUGGACGGCUGUGCCUUAUUCUGCUUCAUUUGGCUCAUCACGACGGGUGUCGUGUUCUCGCUGCUCUACUUCAGCAUUUUUGCCCGCGAUCGCCACUUCUUCGCGCCACUUCAGCGCACAAAGGUGGGCAAGUUCUUCCACGGCGGAGUGGCGGCGAUUCUUGAAUGA